AACCUGUCACGGCCCCGCCCCCCGGAACAGAAACACGCAGUAAUGGCCACGACGGCUGCCGCGGGCGGAGUGACAGGAACUGAAUGGUGUGUGUCGGCUGUUUCCGGGCGGAGGGCGAUUCGGACGGACAGCUAAGGGCAGCUGACGCCGGAAGUUAGUGAAGUGCUGGCAGACGAUCAUGGCCGCGCGCUGUGUCAGGGUCUUGUGGCGGAGGUCGUGCUCUGCGGCCGCCACUGCGAACCCUUUACCGGCAGCGGAAAUAAAGAAACCCGGCCGCUGGGAGCGACUGAGAACCGGGAAAAUGGCUGUGUGGAUGAAAAGCCUCAUUCAUGACUAUGGAGAAGCGUGCAAGGAUAUUGUAACAGGGGCCAAAGAGCGUCCAGGCAAAGCUGCGCUUUACCUCUCACUAUUCACAGGAAUUGGCGUAUGCUCCUCUAAGGCUCCUUCAGAGGAUUCCUUUCACUGUUCUUUUUUAGAAGCCUCUGCCGAACUCCUCCUCCUUUCUCCGUGGACACGAAGUGGGAAAUCUGACCAACAUGUGCUGAACCUCACAAAUCUGUCAAAUGAAGGUCGUCUCCGUUACCUAAACCUCAUUGUGGUUUCUCUGGUCUACGAAGCCCCCUAUGACCCGGAUGUUGAUCUCUACCCAGCACACUGCCCUCACCUUAAGCCACGUUGGUCCGAUUUUCCAAGCAAGGUUCUAGAUGUUGGUUUUUUUGGGCGUUGGUGGUUUCUCCAAUCGAAGAUGAAAGACUUUGAUGUGAACGAAGAAGAAUUUGCUCACCUUCCUGAUCAUAUGAGGACACUCACGUUUAAUGAUCUGCACUCACAGGAAAACGAAAGGCUUUCCCAACUUAAAUACCAGCCAGUUAUAAUGCCAGAGACAGUUGGUGUGACUGGCUGAAUUGUAAAUUACUACAUGUCCAACUAAUAUAUGUACCCUUGUAUAUUUAAUAUGAAAUACGGUAACUUUCUAAAUGAAUAAUAGACAAAAAACAAGAACUUGUGUUUUGUUUUUUUUUGGUUAUGCAAGAUGUCUGCUUCUACAUCAAGCAAAUUAAUCUUUCCACAUGAUGCCACCUUCUGGGUGUUUAAUGCUAUGCUACUACAUAUACAUGGAUUGCAUGUACACCACUAUCUUUGUUCUAAAACCUUUAUCUCCAUUAUAU